AGCCUCUGCCUCCACCGGGUUCCGAUCUCCUCUCCUCGCUCUGAAACCCGAACGCCCAACAGAGAUCGCCCCUGCCUCUCCCCCUCCUCCUCCACCACCACCACCCUUUUGUCAACUUGUUAAACUGGCACACGACUUCGGCUUUUUGGAGAGGGGAGGCCACACACACACAGAGACGGCUUACUGGAGAGGCGGGGCCGCCGCUUUUCGGCCUCCUCCCCAUUGGAGCGCACAAAGCCGGGCGGCACCAUUUAACACUACCACCUCCACCUCCACCACCACCACCACCACGCGCACCGUCACGCACACCAAGCGCCGGGGAGUCGACACGCAGGAACCACACUGGACUUCGCCUUCCCCGGCCCGCUGCUCCCCCCGCUGCAUCCAGAUCGGACCCGGACUGAGAUUGUUGCCAGGAGUCCACACUUGGAAGAAUUAGCGGAGCAGUAGGCGAAAAACUUGCCCAGGGUGUGAACAAAUGCAGUAAAACUUGAAACAAGAAGCUCUGAUCUGCUGCCGGCAUUCUGAAGUUGCUCUGGAGCUAGCAGUGCAUCCUUCCACGCUGGAAGUACCAGAUUCUGUUCUAGAGGAGUUGCUGGGCAUAGAGAUGGCAGACGAUCCUAAUCAAAACUUCGGGCCGUUUUCGCAGCCGUUCUGCAGCCAGAAUGUGGUUUCAUUUCAGACGUGCGCGACGCCCAGCGGGUCGGGAGGCAGCAUGCCGGUGUACCUAGACUGCUCCAGCAGCAUGGGGUCUAACAUGGGGAUGAUGAACACCACGCCUUCAGUAGCUGUCUCCACAAGUUCAUCCAACAUGGUUGCUGAAUCUGCGCAGAACCUCAAAUAUGGAGGACCCCUAGCUGAAAGCUGGUCGCAUCUCGAGAUCCAAGUGCUGAAAGAUUGCCUAGAUAGAUAUGUGAAUGAACAUGGUAUCAUGAAGUACAUAAAGAUAGCCGCUUCCCUACCAACCAAGACGGUGAGGGAUGUCGCGAUGAGAUGCCAAUGGAUGGGGAACAAACAAACUACAAGACGGCGGAGGCCUGCAGAACAUCAUAGCAGAAAAAUGAAAGAUAGAAAGGAUAAAAUGGUGGGGCCUUCAUCCUGGGGUACCACUCAUCCUGUUCAGACAGAUACAGGAGUCUCUUCCUUUGUGCCGCAUCAUGCCAUUCAAAACAGUCAAUAUCUAUCUGGAGCCUCUGAGAUGGAUCGUAUAGUACAGCUUGUACUGGAAGAAAAUAAUCGGCUUCUUGCUCAGAUAGACACAAAUAUUCAAACAUUUCAGGCUCAAAAUAACAACGAUCUCUUCAAUCGCGUGAGAAGGAACAUUGAUGGCCUUUUGAAAAUCAUGAGCCAAAUGCCGGGAAAAAUGAGUCAGAUGCCUCAGUUGGGAGUUGCGGUGAAUGAAAACCUUGCCAGUUACUUGCUCCCAGAUCUUACAAUGGCACAAGUUCUUGGAAAUAGCCAUUUGAAGGAGGAGCCAAGAGGAUGGUGAGUCGCAGCCAAAGCAGGUCACAGAUGAGCCAGAUACUGAAACUUCAUCGGUAGUUCGACGAGUUAUAGGAAGAUAAAUACUGCUUCAGCAUGUACGCCGGAUGGCGACGAAUAGAGUCACCAAGGAACCUUGUUUCCUCUAUCUGGAAGCAAAGGAGAGGUGAGUGGUGACUGAGGAACCACUCUGCAUUGCAUUGCGACAAGCCUGUAUAUUGGUGGCUGAACAUUGAUCGAGCAGUGAUGGUUUCAGGAAAUUGCAGUUUUUCUCGUCCUGCUGCACCUGCAAAUGUUGAAUCUUUUUUUGGGUUUCUCCUCCAGAGAGUAGAGUAAAUAUUAGUAGAAGAUGUAGCAACAACAAGAAGAUAAUAAGAAUUAGCUACAUAGCAAAAGAAAAGCCUUUUUGCCGGUCACUA